GCCUUCCUCCCGGCCUAAAAAAUGGGCUUCAUCAUGGGUUAAUUGCGAUGAAGACCCAGUCUCAAUCAGCCAGAUUUAAAGUAAAUGAUGAUGUUUCUGAUAUUGAGAGUGCAGCAAGUAUGGACAACACAUGUGAUAUUGAACUUGGGAAUGCAAACACUAUUGACGAGAAAUUUGAAGACAUUCAGGCACAUUCCCCUGACAAGCUGGAUAUAGCCUUGAUGCUCUUGUCACGUUUGGCCCAGCUUCUGAGUACAGCAUCCCAGGAAGCAGGCCCAACCCCAUGGUCCUGGCUUGCCAAGGUUGACCAUGGUGCUAACCACAGCAGUCUUGAAUCUUUUGCAAAUGAUCUGGGAGUCUGUCUUGAAGAUCUGAUCAAUUUUCCACAGCCACCUUCUCUGCUGCGGUUUUGUGUGCCUGUUAAGGAAGCCAGAGGUGUUCCAGUUGGCUAUGAGGCCUACCAAACCAGUGGUUCUAGCAAUUGGUGCCUCUAUCACGCCGUCAGCAUCCACCUGUGUGGGGACGAGAGGCUCCAGCAUCAACUGCGACUCUGCAGUGCCUUAUACACCUUAGAGAACAUGAGCUUGUACAUUAAGGAGGUCAACCUCAGCCAGAGGGGUGAUGGCGAGGCAAUCGCUGCAAGGCUACAGCAGGUGUUCAGUUGCUAUGGAGUGGAGCUUGAUGAACACCAGAGGAAGUCCAGCCCAUCCUGGAGGGACCAGCUGUGUGUGAUGAUGUUCAAGGUUGUCAUGGAGACCUGUGAGGCAAACAAAGAUAGCAGUAAGCACAGCCAGGGCACUCAUUAA